AUGGCCAUGGCUCUCAACUUACUUUACCUUGUAUUGAUCACAUCAGUGAUUUUACAAACUGCGACAUCGAGCACCUUCAAAGAAUCGUAAGUAAGCUACAAAACAUUUGAUGUAGUAGGCAGUAGAUUAAACUCACAACCAGCAAUGUUUAUUUACAUACCUGAUUGCAUGCAACAGACUUCAAAUUGAGAUAUUAAUUCUACUCUGUUUUCUGCACACUAUGAACGUGCAGGUGGAGGAUAGCCCAUCACUCAUUUGAAGACUAUCAUGCUCGCUCCUCUCUCUCUCUCUCUCUCUCUCAGUGCAUGUGAGGCUUUUCAUAUCUUAUGAGACAUGCUGGCAAAUAGGCCUAUAGAUUUUUGGGUUGCAAAUCCAACUUGUGAUAGACUUGAUAUAUGCAUCAGAGAGACGUUGACAGACACUGCCCUCCUAUUAGUGUACGUUCCUCUGUGCAAUCAUCCCAAGAUGUGGUUGACAGACCAUCAAAACAACUCAUUGGUAUUCAUUCCCUCAAACACUGUCCAAAACAGAAUGAAUUGUGUCCUCCAUGUCUCAUUGGUUGGCCUGAGUGGGGCACAUAGCCAGAGACGAUUUAAGGUCACUUUGUCCCCAGCUUUAAAACAGCAGUAGGCUACAAAGGAACAAAAGAGCAGAAUGAUGAUUACACUGCCACUUAAGUAUUAUUACCACAGCUGCAUUCAUGCUGGCUCUUCUUCCCUCUUUCCCCUUUUAGGAUUUACCUGGUGACGGUCAGCUCGGAGGUGGUAGGAGGGACCACAGAGAAACUUUGUGCUCAGGUCCACCAAGCCACAGAGCCUCUGUUGUUGAAGGUGUUGAUGGAGAUGGAGGGUGGCAGCAGCACCAUUCUACUGGAGGAAGCCAUAAGACAGGACUUCUAUCGCUGCACCUCCUUCCAGGUCAGCUGCAACUGUGCUGCGUUCAGCAGGCUACAACGUUGUGGAACGCUCUGAUAGAAAUAUAUUAUGUAGAACCAACAUGUCUCUCUGAGGCAUAAUAAGUAGUCAUGCCAGCUCUAUCUAUGACAUUUCUAACUGCAAAGUUCCACAACGAUGUGAUCUACUAUAGAUCAUGAUCUACUAUAAUACUAUAGAAACUCCUGCAAUCUUUGACUCUUCUUCUGUACUGAUCAUCAUCUAAACAAAAUACUAUUCUUACUAGACUCAAGCUAGUUAUGCACAUUCAUUCAACACAUUCAUUUCAGUCUUUUAUUCUGAAUAGUUUGGUUGUAACUCAGUCAUGUUGUGUGGAAUUGAACUUGGAUUCCAGGCUGGGUGCUGUAUGCAAAAUGAUACGACCUAUGAAAGGCAAUAGGUGUUAUUUUGAUCAUAGUUCGCUACGCCCUCUGUUCUCAAGCUACUCAGUCAGGAGAGCCAAGCUAUGGUUAGGAGCUAGAGAAUUGUAGAACUUCUAACAAGCUUCCAUUGUUCUGUUCUUCAUGUUGUAGGUACCCCCAGUGAAGGUUGACAGUGUGGCCACUGUCCAUGUUAGCGUCAAGGGGAGGAAGGAGGAGAUGAGCAAAAACACCAAGAUCCUUAUCAAGGCCAAAAGUUUCCUCACCAUUUUCCAGACAGACAAACCAGUCUACAAACCUGGACAGACAGGUAGUUAUAUAAAUUAUUUGAUAAAUACUGAAACUGACCCUUCCUGAGUUAUUACUUGUAAAUGUACUAAACUGCCCCUUUUCGUCUAGGCCUACUGUUAAUAAUGUUGACAGUAUACUUGUGAGGCCAUAAGCUUGGGGAAAGGUCAUUACUGAAAUUGAUGAUGGAUAUAAUGUACACUGUAUAUAGACAAAUGUUUCUACUGCUUUUCCAGUCAAGUUCCGAAUCGUAUCGCUGGAUGCCAGUUUCUUGUCAUUCAAACAGAUGGUAAGUUACUCUUUCAGUGUAAGUUCAAUAAAAAUAAAGUUACUCUUUCAAAGCAUUUUUAAGUUUGGUUGAACAGGACAGCCCAGUGUUAGUCAGCAUUGUAACAUUCUAGGGAGGUGCUGUGUCAUUUUGGGAGAGGUUUACUGUAGUUGAGUAAGGAAGGGAAGUGAUAGAGCAAUGGUUUCAUCCUGUUGCAGUCCCAUUUUGAUGAUUCAGUGGGGCAGUGAGACAGACAGUGUGUGUAGGUGGCUCAGCAAACAUGUGGUCAGUUCAUUUGGCCUGGCUGUUUGAUCAGAGCAUCUGAAUCAACAUGAGCUCAAGGCCUUCUCUGUACUGUAACUCCGUAGAAAAAGAUGCCUGUAUGGUAGAAACUGUUUUGGAAAGUCGUGAAAUUCAUGUUUUGAACCCCUUUCCUGUAGGCCUACUGUAAAAACUAUUUUGGGAAGUAAAAAAAAAAUCAUACAUUUUUGGGGCCCAAUAUAAAUGCUGAAUGUUUUUUCUCUUUUUUAGUAUCAAACAGUGGAACUUCAGGUGAGAUUCAUUCAAAUCUAUCGCACCUAAAAACCGAAGCUGCAUAUCACAUGAGCAAUUAUAAUGACAUGAUCUCCCUUCAAAAAUAUGGCCUGCCAAUAUGUACUGCAGCAUGAAUUGAUACAAUGCCUACCUCUAUAACAAAAAUACCUUCCUUCAAUCUACUAUGAAUCUGUAUACAGGACCCCAACUCCAAUCGCAUUGCUCAGUGGUUGAACCAGUCAACAGUGAGUGGAAUUCUGGACCUGUCACACUCCAUGUCUACAGAGGCAAUGCUGGGAAGUUAUAUCAUCACUGCAUGGAAUGAGAAGGGAGAACAAACCUCCCAAAACUUUGACAUCAAAGAAUAUGGUGAGGAAAUGUUCUAUCUGAUGAUUACAUUGUGGUCUGUAAUUUUGUUUUUGGUGUAGUCCAACAGACAAUGAGGAAGUAAUAUUGAUAUGUAUUUUUUACAGUGUUGCCCAAGUAUGAGGUGAAAGUCCAUCUUCCCCAAACAAUAACUAUUCUGGACAAGCAAGCAACACUGAGAGUUUGUGGAAAGUAAGUGAAUAAGAUGAUCGAGCAUGAUAGACAAUAAGAUGAUCAUUUAAACUGGGACAUUUUAUGGACAGAAUAUUAAGACUUAAUUUGUGUGUUGCAUAGACUAUACUUUAUGGAUACUGUCCCAUGUUUGAUACUUGCUCAUGUUCAUAGCUGUUUCUAUUUUUGCAACACAUGUGUUUGCCAUUAUUGAAUUGUCAUUCUUCUGGUGACUUUGUUUCUAGAUACACUUAUGGAAAACCAGUGAUGGGGUCUGUCACGGCGAAAGUUUGCAGAAAUGCCAUUCAAUAUUACUGGUUACAUGAUUCUAGCAAUAUCUGUGAGUUGUAUCUCAUGAAAGUAAGUAUUUUUUAUUCUUGUCACGCUAAAUUAUUAGAUUAUGAAGAACCCUCACUGUUGGGAAAAUGUUGAGGUUUAUGGAAGCAUGUUAUUGUAGCCGAGCUAAGCUGACCUACAACAACUGUUCUCAUUCACCCUAGACCGACAAAACUGGUUGUGCAACCAAAAUGAUCGACUUGACCGGGUUCGGUCUAAAUCAAUCUUUUGGGGACUUUGAAGUGGAGACUGAGAUGGAGGAAUAUGGAACGGGUAGGAGAGAACUUUAUCUUUAACGUAGAGGUGUUUACAUGCUCAACUGUUGACCUCUAACCCUUGCCUGUGUUCUCUCCAGGGGUCAUCCUUAAAGGUAGUGGCAAGGCAAGCUUCACCAAUGUCAUCAUAACUGUUAGUUUUGAGGACGUGCCCCAAGCAUAUAAACCAGGGAUUGCAUACGAGGGGAAGGUGAGGACAAAAUAUAUAAACAAAUGCCUUUUUAAUAACACUGCACGGAAACGGAUUGUUCAGAAAAAUCUUUGUGAAAGAAGUUGUGAUACAUUUUAGCUUAUCAUUUGGAGCAUCUAACCAUGCUUUUGAUGUGUUUUAUGCAAUGGGAGUGUACAUUUAGUAUAUUGGAUGUCUGCAGUCAUCCUGUCCUGUGUUUUCAGAUCAAAGUGACUGGUCCAGACUCUACUCCCGUUCCCAAUGAGCCUGUGUAUCUCUUCCUACAAAACAGUAUCACAUCUGAGAAAUGGACUCUCACAACAGACAGCAAGGGCAUUGCUUCUUUCUCUCUAGACACUUCUCUAUGGAGUUCUGAGUCUGUGUCUCUGUCGGUCAGUUUUCACUCACUCACUCACGUUUUACUCUAUUAAAUAUUUAAUGAUAUAUUAUUUAAACAUGAAAUUGUUUGUUCUGACUGAGAUCAUUAAUUUUUCCUGUUGUAUUCUCCAAGAUUUUACAAUGUUCUGUAUUUCUUGAACCAGGCUCGCUAUCAAAAGGUUGAGGAGGAUUAUCCGUACGAGCAGGGUCUGCGUAGACCAGUAUUUACAUCCGCUUACCAUUUGGCAAGGAAAUUCUAUUCCAGGAGCAAGAGCUUUGUGAAGAUAAUGCAGGGCGAAGGGAAGUUCUCCUGUGAGAAAAACGGUAUUGUUUUUGCUCGCUACAUCAUCCAAGGGGUGGCGCUGAUAAAGGGACAGAAGACCCUCAACUUUUUCUAUCUGGUAAGGUUAAAGGGAUGUUCCACUCAAAAUACAACCUAACAUGAUUUUUUGUUGAUUCCACAAGAAAGUUUUAGAAUAUAUAUUUGACUUACUUUGGUAUUUGAUUGUUAUAUUAUGUUUUGUCUGGAAAUGUUUUAAGAAUGGCUUGGGAAAACCAUAGAGUACUUGACUUCCAGUUGAAUAUUUCAUCAUGGGUGAUACACAGUAAUAUAUCACUUUAGUAAUGGAUUAACUUGAAGAUAUUUGUAGCAGAUCUCCAGGUUUUGGCCAAUGUUCCUGUCUCCCUGGGUCUUUCUCUGGUUAUUAAUGUUGAUGAUACCACUUGGCUGUCUCUUAUGUCCCAGGUUAUAUCUAGAGGCAGCAUUCAGCAGCAUGGCCGUAUUCCUGUGAUCGUUAAAGAAGGAAAAGGUAAAUAAAUUGGUCUUGGAUUCUCCUGAAUCCUUUCUGACAUGUUCUUACUGCAUAGUGCACAGUAUAUUUCAAUUUCAUAGACUAGUCACAAAACACGAUGUCUGUAUUGGAUGAUUGGUGGUUUACGGUGACUUAAUGUCAAUCCCAUUGUCCGUCUCUCAUGUUAGUAAACCAAGGGGAGCUGACGCUCUCGCUGCAGCGGAUGCCUGAGCUGACCCCUUUUGCCCAGGUGGUGGUGUACACCAUGCUGCCUGAUGGGGAGGCAGUAGCAGACAGCCAAGACUUCCCCAUUCACCUCUGCCUGAAAAACAAG